AUGGCUACCAAGCGUUCCACUCCUCUAGAUGAUCCUCCAUCUGCUUCCUCCGAUGACGAGGAAACUGAGGAUGAACAAGAACAGCAUGCUAUCACCCAUAAAGCAAACGCAGAAUCAUUAUCAUCUGAAGAAGAAGAGGAAGAAGAAUCGGACGAAGAAACCAUUGGCGCUGUGAAACAUCCCUAUGGAAAACCCACAAUCCAAAACCCAAACUCAAAAACACGGGAAUCGUCAUCUGAAGAAGAAUCAGUAUCAGAUUCGGAAGAAGAAAUGCCUACUCCCUUGAAAACUUCGAUCGUAAAACGACAAACCCUACCCACUAAAUCAUCUUCUACCUUAGACUCCAAUUCCGAAUUGAGAUCGCCUACCGCUCCAGAUAUUGCCGUCAUGCCUUCCAAAAAGAUAAAUACUUUACCAACCCCUGAGAAGAUACCCAUUUCAAAACGCCCUUCUUCUGAAUCUGAUAUGAAGGACAAAAAGAAAGUCAAACUCUCAAAUGGGGAUGCUGAUGAUGAAAAGAAGUCGGUAAAUAAAAGGGUUUGGAGCGAUGACGAUGAAAUUUUGUUACUGCAAGGAUUUAUUGAUUAUCAAUCCAUAAAAGGUUGUUCUCCCUUAUCCGAUAUGGAUGGAUUUUAUCAAUUCACCAUGGAUUUGCUACCUGGAAAUGCUACAAAGAGCCAAUUGUAUGAGAAAAUUCGGAGAUUGAAGAAGAAAUUCCGAGUCAACUCUGAAAAAGCGAGCAGUAAUGGCGAAGAUCCUGUAUUUCCUAAGCCCCAUGAACGCAAGCUGUUCGAGGUCUCAAAGAAGAUAUGGGGAAUUAAUGGGUGUGAGAGUGUGAGUGCGAGUGCUUCUGCUGGUGGAUCCAAUCCAAAACCUAAAACCAAACCCGUGAAAGUUAUUCCCAAAAUGGAAGUGAAAGAGGAAGAUGAAGAUGAUAAAACAACGAUCGCUAAAGUUGAAGAUUUUGAGACAUUGUAUCCAUAUUGGAGCGUUGCAUUAAACUCAGAAUGUUCAUCAUCUUUCAGAUUUCCUACAGGUGUUGUGGCUUUAAUCAAGGAAAAUUUGAGUUUGAUUGGGGAAGCAAAAGCAAAAGAAAUGAAUGAGAAAUGGGAGGCAGUUUUUGACAAUGAAGCUGUGUUAAGAAGGAGAAGAAUCGCAUUGCUAAGUAGCGUAAAUGAUUUGGAAACAACAUCUUUAGGUAAAUGA